AACCCCUCCCCACCCGCCUUCUGUCUCGAACGUUAUCUGCAACAUCUCGUCCGCCAUCCGCCCGCCUCUCCACUUCUACAGACCCUCUCCAGCCCAAGAACUCACCCCACCAAUGGCCUCGUGCCCCAACGCCGACGGCGCCUCAACGCCACCCCUCCUCCUCGCCUUACGCCACCUCCCCUUCCUCGGCGUUCACCGGCCGCGUGCGCUUCCUUCCCCCGACGUCCUAACCCCUCUCGCCCGCCGCCUGGAGGAGGUCGCGUCCGCGGCGGCCGCCCACCCGCUCCUGAAGCCGCUCUUGGCCGUCCACUCCCAUCUCUUCACCUUCUCCCAGAGCAGGAGGCAGCUGGUGACGGCACGGCGGACGACGCUACUGUCCGGGGAGCACUGCUUCGCGGCGGUGCUGGGGGACUCGGUGGCCGCGGUGGUGGUGUCCAACGGCAUCAACAACUUCCUCAGCCUCUACAACACGGUGCUCAUCGUCAGGCUCGUGCUCACUUGGUUCCCCAGCACGCCGCCCGCCAUCGUUGCGCCUCUCAGCACAAUAUGUGACCCGUACCUGAACAUCUUCCGGGGCAUCAUCCCGCCGCUCGGGGGAACGCUGGACCUGUCGCCCAUCCUCGCCUUCCUCGUCCUCAACGCCUUCACCAGCACCGCCGCCGCGCUGCCGGCAGAGCUCCCCGACUUACCAGCUCCACAGCAUCGUCAGAGCGGCGCUUCUUCAUCCAGCUGCCCGGCGCCCCUCGACCUGACGGCCAACCAGAGGAAAUGGAUGCUGAGAAUGCGGUCGCGAAAAUCGCAGGAAGAAGAUGGUGCUCACUAGGCUUGUGCUGUGUCUUUCAGUGCCUUGUUACCGACCGGAGAUUACGGUUUGCUUCAGACGCUUGCAGCAGCUGCACCUCACCUGAGCAUCAAACGCAAUUCGGCAGGGGUGCUGUGUAACCAUCAAACGCAAACUCUGGCAUGCGACAUACAGAAUUUGUUUGGUCGAUCACGUUACUUCAAAUGUUUUUGUGUUGAAAUGUGGUGCGGAACUUGCUUCCUUGAGGGCUGUGCUUUCUGCAUUAUGUAGAGGAACCUGUUGACUCUUUAAUUCAUCUUCAAUAGACACAUACUAUUGCAGUAUCA